AUGAGGAGAAACACACUUUCCCUUGAGCUCGCCACGAGGACGGAGGCGUUAGUUUGUACUGAAACAGUUUUGUUUGCUGUUACCAAUGUUGUGGCCAUCCUCGGAAAUCUUCUCACUUUUUAUGCUGUGCACAGAAACCACAGGCUGCGCACGAUUCCCAACAUGUUCCUGAUAGCUCUGGCUCUAAGUGAUAUUCUGAUGUCUACUAUCUGUAUGCCUUUUACAGUUGCAAGUCUUUUCCACGGUAGAUGGAUCUUUGAUGAAACGGUCUGCCGCUUUCAAGCAUUUGAUAUAUUUACAUUUGGGACGAGUAGUCUUGGAACUAUGGCAGCAAUUGCAGUCAGUCGAUAUUUCUGUGUUGUUAAUCGGGAAAAGUAUCCCUCGCUCUUUAAGAAGCAAAGAUCCGUGAUAUACAUUUUCAUUGUUUGGUGCUUGGCUCUGGCUGGAUCUGCUCCCACAUUACUCUUCAAAAAUGGCAGCGUUGAGUUCCAGCCUGGAAAAGCAAUGUGUCUGUACAAAGUUGAAAGUAACAUUGCUUACUCUGUCUUUAUGCACUGCUGUUUUAUCACAACACCCUUGAUUAUCAUCACAGUCUGCUAUGUCAAAGUGUUCCGCACCGUGUCAAGAUCAAAUCGUGUUUUCUCAUUAGAAAAUAAUUCAGAACUCCUUCGGGUAAAUGUGCAGGAAGCCAAAGUGACGAAGCGUUUGGUUGCAGUUAUGGUAGGCUUUGCAUGCUGUUCGCUUCCUAUUGCCAUCAUUGACAACAUCGACAUCGCGCACGGAGAGCCCAUACUACCACGAUUAGCUUACUUAACAUACGGCUUUUUGCUUUACUUGAGUAGCACCAUAAACCCCUUCAUAUAUUGUGCCACAGAUAAGAGGUUCAGACGAGAGUAUAAGGCUGUUUUCUGGAAGAGUUUUGGCUUCAAAUGCCGAGCUAACAACGAAAACAACGACGCUUAACUGAAAUGGCAAAAGACCUGGUGUAGCAUGGUAGUUUUUUUCUGAGAUUUUGUCCGAGGUUGUUACUGGUAAAAUCGGAACAUCGGAACAUCUGAGUGUCUUUACACGAACCCAAAACAAGACGGAAAAACCGCUGAUCAGGGCGAACAGAGAGGAUCUUCCAACGACGGUGGAAUUCACGUACCUGGGGAACACAAUCAGACAUGGUGAAGGAACAAACGAGGACAUCAAGAACCGCUUAGUGAAGGCCAUAAAUGUAGUCAGAAUGCUCAACAAUGUAGAGAGGUCCUAGCAGUAGAGCAUUAAGACCAGGCUAAAACUAUAUUAUAGCUGUGUCGUAUUCACCCUAAUAUGUGGCUCUGAAUGCUGGAGAAUGACAGAAGGCGAUCAUUGCAGAUUGUCAGUCCUUCACAGUCUUCUUAAAUUUUAUGCUAGACACAGUUCCCUUUGGUUUGCGCGCUGGACUCAACAAUGUCUGGUCGUUAAAAAAUGCGAAAAGCUAUAAAUUUGGCUCACAUUUGAUCAUCGUAUUCACGCGGUUGUCAUUGAAAAAAAAACUUAUAAUUUUUUUCUUUUGUCCAAACUAAAAGUGAAGAUGGCGUCAAUUCUUUGUUUCAGGAAGCGAUUUCAGUGAUAUUGAAGAUUUUGCCGACUCGUAAAAUUGGUUUCCAAACCUUUAGCAGGGAGAUAUUUUUCAAGUGAAACUUUAAUAUUCUUCUAGAACCGCUAGAACAGUUUUUUCGAUGAGUGUUGCCUACAAGAUAAUGUUUCUGUUUACUUGUAGCUUUACAAUCUUCGUUUUAAGACAUUCGACAAAGAAUUAUGAUUGAAUUUCACGAGUUUAAGUUAAACGACUAAAUUACUGUUUAGUACGUUGUUAUAUUACAGUAUAAGUCUAAGCCGACGAUUUUUCUAACUUCUUCUUUUGUUCUGGAUACGCGAAUAAAUGUAAGAAGGCUGUAAACUUAUGGUUAAUUUAGAGCUUAGAUUGACUUUUCCGCUUCGUUUUUUGAUAACAAGAUGUUCUUAUUAAUAGUAUGCUCUCGAUCUUAGAACAAAAGUUUUUAAUUUAAGCAGAAAUUUGGAGUGGCUUAAAUUAUAAUUUCAAAUUUGACUGUCACUUAACCUCCGCGAUCUUAUAUGCUCAUCCAAAAAAAAUUAGUUCCCCCAUACGAUGCCGAAAAAUUGUUAAUAACAGAAUGGAUUUCAAUUUUUUUCUGAGAGAGGGUUUUAGUUUUUCUCCAGAUAUUUUUUAUCGCAGAAAUGAGAGUUGUUAAAACUCCUCAAGAUAUCUUAUCCCUUUCGUGAGCGGCGGAAUAAUAUGUUAGCUUAUUGACCAGCAGCGUGAAGAAAUUGUACAGAUAAGAUACGGAAAAAUAGAAGUAACAUCUUUUCUUUACUCGAAAGAGAUAUGUCGAUUAUUAAAAGCAAUUCAACAACACUUAUCCGGAAGUAAAUCACAUAGUUCAAAUAUAAUAAACCUUUUUAAGCAACAACGACAUACUGCACGAGCUCUCGCCGAACAGAAACAGUUGUCAUUUUGCCUUACAACUACCAACUUGAUGAGAAUGAUAACAACGAUGACAUACAGACAUUUUUUAAUAUUCAUUAAUUGCAAUGCGUUUAAAGAUAAGAUGUGAUGAAAAACAACAUUUGCUUUUCGGUGUUGGUAGACAGUGUUGGUAAUCGCGCACACCAGCGGGUUUCGCCGAUCACUGCUUCAAAAAGUCGACAACAAAGACUGUGCAGAAGUUUAACUGAGUUCCUUUUUUUUCGCCGAGCUCGAGCUUAUUGACCAAAAGCGGUGAUGACAAGUAAACUCUCCCUUGAGCUUGCCACAAGAGAGGAGGCGUUAGUUUGGACUGAAACAGUUUUGUUUGCCUUUACCAAUGUUGUGGCUGUCUUCGGAAAUCUUCUCACUUUUUACGCCGUGUACAGAAAGCCCAGACUGCGAACAAUUCCCAACAUGUUCGUGAUAGCACUAGCUGUGAGCGAUAUUCUGAUGUGUACCUGCUGUAUGCCUUUUACAGUUGUUACUCUUUUCCAUGGCCGGUGGAUAUUUGGCGAAUCUUUCUGUCUCUUUCAAGGUUUUGCCGCACUGACUUUCGGAAUUGUCGCUAUGGAUACCAUGGGUAUCAUUGCGGUCAACCGAUUCUUCUGCGUUGUAAAACCAGAAAGGUAUCUCUUGUUGUUUAAGAAGAAAAGAGCGUUGAUAUACAUUGUCAUUGUGUGGUGCCUGGCUUUCGCUGGAUCUGUGCCCCCGUUUUCCUUUGAGGGCAAAAAUAGCUUUAAAUUCCAGCCAGGAAAAGCAAUGUGUUUGUACACGUUUGAAAGCAACAUGGCUUACACUGUUACAAUCGAAUGUGUUUACAUCGCAGCACCCUUAACAAUCAUAGCGGUCUGCUAUGUCAAAGUGUUCCGCUCAGUUUCAAGAUCAAAUCGUGUUUUCUGUCUAGGUGUUAACCUCAGUCAACUCCGCGCGAAUGUGGAAGAAGCAAAAGUAACGAAAACUUUAGUAGCAGUUCUGCUUGGCUUCGCGUGUUGCUGGCUCCCUAUCUCCGUCGUGGAUAACGUGGACGCCGCGCGCGGAGAACCCAAGAUACCACGACAGGUUUACUUGACGUACGCGUUCUUGGCCUAUCUGAGUAGCACUAUCAACCCAUUCAUUUACGGUAUCAUGAACAGACAGUUCAGGCGAGAGUACAAGGCCCUCUUGCGCAAGAUUACUUUCUUUCGGCGCCAAAAAGGCAAUAACAACAGCAGCCACAACGUUGAAAGUCAUCCAUAAAUUGUUCUCAUCAUCCUCAUACUUGACCUUUUAAUCUUUUAUUUUAAUUUUUUUCUUUCAAAAAUCGAUGUAGCUAAAGAGAAAAAUAUGACAUUUAACUAUUUUUGCGACAUUGUCUUUCCUAGUAGCAAAUCCUUUCAGAAACAAAAAAAUCAGAUCAAAAAAGACGCUUUGACGGCAACUUUUUGUGUGUAAUAAAGUUAGACAGAGAGAUUAUUGCUUUUCUUUUUGAGAGUGGAUUCUCUCUUAGAGUAUUUACAACAAUAAAACUAAACCAUAAAUUUAAUUAUUUGUAGCUUCAUUUCAAAAUGUUUAUUCUUUUUCUGUUAUUUUCUUUUUUUUUCUCUUUUUGAUUCCCCCUCUUGUCAUUCAUAAUUAUUCAAAAAUUUAUAUCAUUACAAUAUUAUUGAGUAGAAGAGAGUGGUUAUCAAAGUCAAUAACAAACAAAUAUGAAAACAGAGGGGCAGCGGCGUGUUAUGGGAAUUCACUGAUUGUGCACGAACAUCAAAUAUUGAGCGCACAAUGUGACUGAAUAAAUUAAGGGAACGUUUCUAUUGGUCAGUUAGUUAAGCCUGCGUGGAUUAGUAUUAAAUGUUGUAUGUGAUGUAGAUUGAAAAACCUAACUUAAUAUGCAACUAGGCAAUCUGUCACGUUUUAUUGCCAUUAUCCUAGUACGAGAGUUAUGUGGUCGAUAGCAAUUGGUUUUCUUGUAUCGUAACUGUGUACUUGCCUAUUUCUUGUCAAUAAGAGCGUUUACGACAAUUUAACGAGCAGAGGUAAGAACACUCAGCUUUAGAGUGACAAUUGGAGUGAGGUAAGGGUGUGUGAUGUCAGCACUCCUCUUCAACGUUGCGACUGCUUGGGUGCUGCAGCGAACAACUGAAGACCGGACCAGAGGCAUCCGAUAGACAUUAUUCUCUGCAUACGAAGACCUCGACUUUUCUGAAGAUUAGGCGCUGCUAUAUCUCACACCCAUCACCAUAAGCAAGAGAAAACAUCCCGUCUCUGUGGACUUACUCAACAGACUUGCCUGUAGAUCAGCUAAAACAAAGCAGAAGUUAUGAUUCUGAAUGUCCCAAACCCCCAGCUGAUCAGAGCGAACAGAGAGGAUCUUCCAACGACGGAGGAAUUCACGUACCAGGACAACACAGUCAGACAUGAUGGAAGAGCAAACAAGGACAUCAAGAAGCGCUUACUGAACGCCAUAAAUGUAGUCAGAAUGCUCAACUAUGUAUGGAGGUCCCAGCAGCAGAGCACCAAGACCAGGCUAAAACUAUAUCAUAGCUGUGUCCUAUCCACCCUGAUAUAUGGCUCUGAAUGCUGGAGAAUGACAGAAGGCGAUCUUCCACAUUGUCAGUCUUUCACAGUCUUCUUAAAUUUUGUGUGAGACAUUUGAUCAUCAUAUUCACGUGGUUGCCAUAGAAAAAAAAAACUUAAAAUGUUUUUCUCUUAUCAAAACUAAAAGUCAAGAUGGUGUCAAUUCUUUGUUUCAGGAAAUGAUUUCAAUGGUAUAGAAGAGUUUGCCGAGUCAUAUAAUUGGUUUCCAACCUUUAUCAGGGCUUUUUUUUUUCAAAUAAAACUUUAAUUUUCUUUGAAGAAUCACCAAAGCAGUUCUUCUGAUGAGUGUUGUCUACAAGAUAACAUCUCUGUUUACACAGCUUAAUUACUGUCUAGAGCGUUGUAAUAUUACAGUUAAGGAAGUUUCUAGGCCGACAAUUUUUCUAACUUCCUCUUUCAUUCUGGAUACACAAAUAAAUGUAAAAGGGCUGUAAACCAAUGCUUAAUUUAGAACUUAGAUUGACUUUUCCAAUUCUUUAUUCGACAACAAUUUGUUCUUCCAAUAUCCUCUCGGUUUUAGAAUUAAGGUUUUUAAUUCAAGCAUAAAUUUAAGGUGGUUUAAAUUAAAAUUUCAAAUUUGACUGUCACUUAACUUCUGCGAUCUUUUAUGGCCAUCAAAAAAAAAAAUUAGGUCUCCUAGACAAUGCCGAAAAUUAUUAAUAACAAACUGGAUCUCAAUUUUUUUCUGAGAGAUAGUUUUAAUUUUUUUUUCAACUAUUUCUUAUCGCAGAAAUGAGAGUUGUUCAAACUCUUCAAGAUAUCUUAUCCCUUUCUUGAGCGGCCGAUAAUAUAUUUAUUAACCAGAUGAGUGAGGAGAUUGUUUAGACAAGAUACGGAAAAAUAGAAGCAACAUCUUUUCUUUCACUCGAAAGAGAUAUGUCGAUUAUUAAAAGCGACCCAAAAACACUUAUCCGCAGGUAAAUAACUGAGUACAAUUAAAACAAACCUCUUUCAGCAACAACGCACGUGCUCUCGCCUAACAGAAACAUAAAAUGGUGUUGUUAUUUGGCCCUACAACUUCCAACUUGAUGAGAAUGAUAGCAACUAUGACAUACAGACAUCUCUUAAUAUUCAUUAAUUGCAAUGUGUUUAAAGAUAGGAUGUGGGGAAAAUAACAUUUGUUUUUCGGUGUUGGUAGACAGUGUUGGUAAUCGCGCACACCAGCGGGUUUCGACGAUCACUGCUUCAAAAAGUCGACAUCAAAGACUGUGCAAAAGUGUAAGUUACUUAUCUUUUCGCUGAGCUUAUUGACCAAAAGCAGCGAUGACAAGUAAACUCUCCCUUGAGCUUGCCACAAGAGAGGAGGCGUUAGUUUGGACUGAAACAGUUCUGUUUGCUUUUACUAAUGUUAUGGCUGUCUUCGGAAAUCUUCUCACUUUUCACGCCGUGUACAGAAACCACAGGCUGCGAACAAUCACCAACAUGUUCGUGAUAGCUCUGGCUGUGAGCGAUAUUCUGAUGUAUACCUGCUGUAUGCCUUUUACAGUAGUCACUCUGUUCCAUGGCCGCUGGAUAUUUGGCGAAUCGUACUGUCUCUUUCUUGGG